CCCCUGAUGUGGAGUCUAUUAAACGACUCUGGUUACAUGAGGUAAUUAUCAAUAGAAGAAAACUCUCUUUGAAAUUUUUGUUGCAUUUUUCAAAUACUUUAAAUGGAACGGAAACAUAGACCAUAGCCUUUAAGAGAGAUGUGACAAAAUCAUCCAAAUGUGAAGAAAAUAAUUUUUUUGUUCAGUGGGUCUAGAUGGUCCUAAUUGUCAUUUGAAUGGUUGUGAAGUAAAUAAAUUAUAGCAGUGCUUGCAAAACUUUUGGAUAUUGAAGAGAUGUAAUUUGAUUUUGAGCUGUUGAGUUACUUGACAGUGAAACUCUCUAGGCUACACAAAGUCAAAAUACAAGCAGAUAAUAAAAUAAUUCCUGUUGUCAGCAUUGUUUGCUCACCUUCUAUCAAAGCGCAUGGUCUCAAGUCAACAGGAUGUUCACCUUAAAUGUCCAGUUCAUAAGUUUUAUUUGCACUUAAACAUAUCAGGUCAAUGAUCGUGUCUUUGUUUAUGAUUUUUUUCAAGGUUAAUCGUGUAUUUAGCGACCGACUGAUUGAUGACGACGAUAGAACCUGGCUGUACAACUGUGGUCGUGAAGUCAUCUUCUCUGUUUUAAAAGAGGACUUUGACAAGCUGUUUGCACACUUAGACACUGAAGAGGUUGGCCGAGUGUCUGAGGACAAUAUGCGAUCUCUUAUUUAUUCUGACUUUACAGAUCCCACCGGGGAUCAAAGAUUGUAUCAAGAGGCCAGG